AUGUCUGGCUUCUGGCUAGACAAGACGAAAUUCAUGACAUGCGCCCACUUCCUGGAGACGAUUCGUAGCACAAAUGGCUAUCAAACGGAGACAUUUCUGAAAGCUUCAAACCCCGAACGACCACGAGCUUUUGCCUCCAACAAAAAGCGGGCCGUAGGAUUGAACGCCGGCAGUCCUGAGUCGUGGCCAGUGUAUCUCCUUCGACUGUCAAAAUCUUCGGACAUCGCAUUUUUUGAGUUGACUCAAGCAGUGACCAAAUGGGGUAAUCAUCCCCCAUAUUCAGUUCAACUACACGAGCUGUCUUCAUCAUUCGCUAUACCAACUUAUGGAAAUGCAUUGGCUAUGCCUUUCAAAGAGCCUGAUCUAGCACAUGUGCCCCUCUUCGCAGCUUACUAUCCGGGUCACAAUAUGUCUGCGACAGUGACGUUUGUCCCAUCAAAAAAGAGUUCGCAAAACAAGCCAACGUGGGGGAUACCUGGGGUCUAUGGUGUGCGGAAGGUCAAAAUUCUACUUCUGGACUACGCGACAACAUUCACACCCAAUACCCGAAAUGUAGCCUUCGGUCAAGUUGAGACAGAUCAUCGAGGCGCCCCAAAACAUGGUAAACAGGGUAACAGCCGUUUUGUGCAGACUAGAGAAUGCAGCAUUGUCGGAUCCUAUGGCUGUUCAGGAGGCAUGGUGUGCAACCUUUACCGUGAGGCCAACAGUUGGCAAUCCGCCGUCGUGGGACUAUACCAUGGAGAAAGUUGGAAUAAUCGGAGAUAUAACGAAUUCGUGGCUUUCACACCCGACUUUGUCGAAGCGAUUCGAACGGGGGCGUUUUGGGCCACUGGGUGA